AUGGCGACUUCCCUCUGGAUAGCACAUCUCUUCCUCAUUGCCGCCGCCUUUACCAGCGCACGCCCUGCCGGUAAAUCAACGACCAGGACAUCUAUCUCGAGUCCCCUCUUCCCUGUGUCGCCCCAGCUCAGCUACUGGACAACAUCAUCGUCGAUCCCAGGGGCUCUGCCUCUCGCGGAUUCCACAUUCCGCCCACACAACCAGAUUACUGCGCUCCAGCACCCAUACGUAGACGCACCCGAUGGCGAGCUGUCCAUGCAGGCGUACUAUCCCGCCGGCUCGUACAAUUUCCAGAACAGCCCCCAGGGCGGGUUCUCGUUCUACGCUCCCGGGCCCACGAGUGUCGAUCUCACGACUGCCAAGGAAGCCACAUUCGGGUACACGGCGUAUUUCCCCGCCAGCUUCGAUUUCGUGAAGGGUGGGAAGGUGCCUGGGCUCUACGGUGGAAACAGCGAUAGCGAGGCUGUAUCGUGCUCGGGCGGGCGCAGAGACGAUGACUGCUUCUCGGCGCGAUUGAUGUGGCGCACGAACGGCGCGGGCGAGCUGUACACCUACCUUCCGCCAGACUUCUCCGCGAACCAGGCGGUGUGCGAUAUCCCGCCGUACUCGACGUGCAAUGACGUGUAUGGUGCCUCGGUCGGCCGCGGGUCGUACAACUGGACGACCAGCGGACGGACGACUGUUGCGCAGCGUGUCCGUCUGAACGACGCCGGACAGGCAAACGGCGAGCUGCAGCUGUUCGUAGGAGGUAAAAGCGUCGUGAACGUCGGCGGCCUUGUCCUCAGAAAUAGCUCUGCUGGACGCAUCCGCGGUAUGCAGAUGCAGACCUUCUUUGGCGGUGAGACUUUUGAUGAUGUCAGCGUAGCCAUGUAG